CAUGAACAGCCUCACGCUCCUCCUUCUGUCUCUGUAGCAAGGACUCUAUCGAAAGUGGUUCUGAUCGUGCUGCCAUCCUAAGUAGUGCUCCUAGCAGGUGAACUAAACGACCGGGGGUGCGUUCGUCACUGUAAUUGAAAAGAAGCGUUAGGGUUCCGAAUCGGGCGAUGGAGCUCAUUGUCGGGGCACGUGCGGCACGAUGAGCACGCGCUCAUCUAUUUCAGUGAUUUGAUCCAAGUAUCAAUCUACCAUCGAGCUCUAGCUCGAACAGCGAGCACAAGGAUGGCGCCUAACGAUAUUGACUCGCGUAUGCAGUCACCUCGCCCGGAGACGCCCGAGCCAUCAUCCAGGCAGGGCAGGCGAAACGCUCAGCUUGAUGCUCAGUUGCUUGACGCUGACGGUGCCAUUUCUGAUAAACUCGAACGCUGUCUUCGUCAUAUUUUCGCCAAGUAUUGCACGCCGUGCCCGGCGCGUCCUCCAAAACAAGACUCUACGAUUCUCCUCACGCCUCCUGAUGACGCGAUUCUUGACGCCGCAGGGCUAGACGCGUGGGCACAAGACACGAAUGGCGCACCGUUUAGUGAAGAGACCAAAGAGGAGCUCAGAGAGUUUCUGGACGUCACUGAAGAAGGCGAGCUGACGUUUAAAGGCUUCGCGCAGAUAUAUCAGCUACAGACAGAGAGUGACGAGGAAGAAACAUGGAGAGAUCUGUCAAACCACGGAUUUGAUCGUACCCUCACCCUUGUUUCAACGCGUCGGGAGGAAGAGGCUGAGAGCAGUCAUACACCUCUUUUCAUGUCAUGAUGAUACCACAAAAACGUGUACAACCUUUAUACAUUAUGAACAUACCAACCACCGACCAGCCAUGACUUUACGAUGCCCAUUACUUGAUUGCUUAUCUAGCUGGAGAUAUCCUCCAUAUCCACGACCUCUAUGAUCUUUCGAACAUUCCAUAUCCUAACCCGUGACCUGCUGGAUG